CGGGCCCGAGGCUCGACGACGUCGGCACUGCGGCGGCGGCGCCGCGCACGCCCGACGCCCCUGGCGCCAGUUCAGCGGGGCUCGCCCGCAAAGGUGCUGAGGAGGGAGGCGCCGUCUUGGCCUGACGGCUGGUCCUCGCUGAGUGGGUCCGAGGCCGUGCUGGGGGAUAAGACCCCUGGUGAGGGCAAGCAGGCCCGUUUCCCCGCGGUCUUCGAGGAUGUGGCAGAGGCAGCUGGGCUUCUGGGCGGCGGUGCUGCAUGCGCUGAGGCGCAGCCGCCGCCGACGCAGGUCGUCGAGCAGGAGGGAAAGGCGGAGGUCGUCGACGAGCAUUCGGAUCGUGAGGCCGAAGUGUGUGUUCGACGUGCAGGCCGGCGACAUGGACAAAGACGGGCCGCAAGAGCUCGAGAGCCAUGGUACGGAAAUGGUGGCUUCGGCCCCUUCGAUGCGUGGCGCUUCUGCGGCGGCCGUCGAGGCGGAGUUGGAGAUCUCGCAGAAGUUUCCCGAAAGUGGCCAACGGAGGUCCUGCGCCGAGGGGCACGAACUGGACUGGGGUGGGGCUAGCUCCUUCGACGACGAGGACGAGUAUCGCCUGCCACCAACGUGCUCCAUGUGUGCUGGCAUAUGUAAUCCCGUGUGGAAGUAAGAUAUCUAGUUGUAGCAAUUCCUACUGUGAAGACAUGUUCUGCGAGAGUUGUAGUCGACUAUAGCCGCGACGGCCAGAUUUUUCAUGCGCCAGUGGAGGAACGUUUGUUUUCUUUCUCGAUGCACGGACAUCCCAGAG